AUGGUUCUGGAAAGAAAUGAGCGUGGCAGAUUUGCUAAAAAGCCACAUACACCACAAAAGCAAGACCAAUUUGAAAGCAUUAUUGUUGCCAAUGGCCAAUCAACCAUAUCAAUAUGUGUUCCAAGAGUUUCCGAGGCCCAAACUCUCCCAUUCUAUUUAGCGUUUGAGCUGAAUACUUGUGCACUCCUCUUUAUGGAUGCAGCAUUGGAAUUUGAUCGAAUAUCGAUGUUUUUUCGAAGGGAUGAUAUCGCACUUGAGAGAACUUCGAGGGCUUUUCGCGAUGCUGCUCACAACGAACGAAGAAGAGCUGAGAUGAUCCGUAGUUAUCUAACAGAGAGGGGAAUGUGUUUAGAAUUUCCUGAUGUUCCUACUAUUAUCCCAGAUCCAAUUGGCAAUCAAGACUGGACCCUGAAAGAUGCUUUCAUUUAUGCAACUGAUCUGAUAAGCCAGACGAGAGAGUGUGUUAACCAAUUUGGACAAAUUGCAGCUAAUCCGGGAAAUAAUGAUACAUCAGAUGCAGCGACGGUUUUAUUCUCCUCUCUUAUGGAACGAGAGCGUUUGAUUGUUCAGAAACAGGUAGCUGAUUUGUUUACAGAGGCAACAUAUGUUGAUCCAAGCGAUUCUCGACAAUGGGUAUUCGACAGCUUGGCUAAUCUUAAAUUCGAGAGGAUAAAAAGAGGGAGAAGAAAAUCUCCCAAGGCGUUUGUGUGAUGUACAUGAAAUCAUGCACAUUUUAUCUAUUUUAAAAGGUACAUUAUCGUAUUUCAAAUUCUGGGAAAGGAUGCACUUAUAGUCACAUGCUUAUAUGGUGAGGGAGAAGAAAUUUGGAUGUGAAGGCCGGUGAUAAAAUGAUGCAAUGAUAUGGAUAAAUCGUCAGUACAUUCACAAAAUUAAAAAUUGAGUACAUUCGGAAAGGAUGAUAAACGGUGUUUGAAAUAAAUGUUUUUAACAGGCUUGAUUCGCAUAUUUCAAUAUAAAUUAAAAAAGGUCCGACAAGGUAGGAUGCUGAUGAUAAAUAAUUGUCUACAGUGGGAAUAAAAAUAGAUGCAC